AUGGCCAAGGCGAGCCCCUCGAUCAGCAAGCCCAGCACAGCGCUACCGAAGGCGAGCCCCUCACCAAGCGCCCGGCCUGCUGUGUCAAUCGCCAGCCCUGCACCAAAGCCCAGCCCUGCAGCUGCCAAACCCAGCCUUGCCGUGGCAGCGGCAGCCCCAAGCCUCGUGGCAGCGGCGGACGCCACCCCUUCAAUCCGGGCCAGCCCCGCCAUUACCCGACCAGCCGUGACGCCGGCAGCACCAGCGCCGGCGGCCCUGGCGCCUAGCGCCGCUCCCGCCAACCCACCCAAGCCCGUCGUCAAGCCCGUGCUCGCAAGCGCGGCCGGCGCGGUCGCGCUCAUGCCCGGCCUCAGGUCGGUUGCCGCCAAUGCGACCUCGGCCGCCUCUGCCGCGGCGGCCCAGAUGGCGCAGCUGCUGGGGCUGCUGCAGACGCCCGAGCAGGUAGUGGCCAAUAGCGAGCUCCUGACGGUGCCGGCCGCGCUGCAGGCGGCGCUCGCAAAGCUCGCGGCAGCGGCGCAGGCGCUCGGCGGGGCGCGGAUCGCGCUGCCGGCGGCGGUGCAGGCCGAGCUGAUGCAAUACCUGCGGCUGGCUGGCGGCGCCGGCAAGGAUGUGCUGGUGCCGGCGGGGUCAACUGGCGUGGUGUUCUCCCCAGAUCUGCUGGCCAGCAUCAAGGCCUCACAGUAG